UUUCCCGAGGAGCCAAGUGCCUGAGCGGCACGGACGAGAGUUGGAAGGAAGGAAAGAUGGCGGACGUACUUGAUCUUCAUGAGGCUGGGGGCGAGGAUUUCGCCAUGGAUGAGGAUGGGGACGAGAGCAUCCACAAACUAAAAGAAAAAGCGAAGAAACGGAAGGGCCGUGGCUUUGGCUCCGAAGAGGGGUCUCGAGCGCGGAUGCGUGAGGAUUAUGACAGCGUGGAGCAGGAUGGCGAUGAACCCGGACCACAACGCUCUGUUGAAGGUUGGAUUCUCUUUGUCACUGGAGUCCAUGAGGAAGCCACGGAAGAAGACAUCCAUGAUAAAUUUGCAGAGUAUGGAGAAAUAAAAAAUAUCCAUCUCAAUCUGGACAGACGUACAGGAUAUCUAAAGGGGUAUACUCUAGUUGAGUAUGAAACAUACAAGGAGGCCCAGGCUGCUAUGGAGGGACUCAAUGGCCAGGAUUUGAUGGGACAGCCAAUCAGCGUGGACUGGUGUUUUGUUCGGGGUCCACCCAAGGGCAAGAGGAGAGGUGGUCGAAGACGCAGCAGGAGUCCAGACCGGAGACGUCGCUGACCCAUCCUCUGUUGUUCAGGUGUUCUCUCCAGAGAUUCCAUUUGACCAUGCAACCUUGGAGAAAUACGGCUGGGGUGGAACUCACUGUGUUUAUAUUUAAUCUCUUACCCUGUUUAGUGUUUCUUUUGAAUUAUGAAUAAAUGUACAAUUUUUGUUUUCUAA